AUGUCAGGCUCCGAAACAGUAAUUGAACAAGAAUUGCAGGACAGUAAGGAGGAAAUUAACCCAUCCACGAGCGCAGUAAACUCACCACCUGGAAUUCCGCAGGUCAUCAUGACCGACGAGGAUGUCACCUCCGAGGAUUUGGACGGCCACGAUAGGAUCCUGGAUUCCGAAUGGGCAGAAUUACUCACCAUCCAGAGGAGCCUGAUCGAGUCCAUUCCACACGAUCAUCCGUAUCUCGCGAACGGGGUAUUCGAGCAGGCAGCCACCACCAGGAAGCAAUGCGUCAGGCUCAUCAGCAGGUUGAGGGGUCAACUAGCUAAGAAAGCUCAGCCACCCAGUACACCACCGAGUCCUCAACACCACGAUCAGCUGAAGAGACUGGACAUCAAGCCUUUUGAUGGCAAUCCUUCACAGUGGAAGGAGUUCAGUGACCUCUUCACUUUACUGGCAGCCACCACCAGGAAGCAAUGCGUCAGGCUCAUCAGCAGGUUGAGGGGUCAACUAGCUAAGAAAGCUCAGCCACCCAGUACACCACCGAGUCCUCAACACCACGAUCAGCUGAAGAGACUGGACAUCAAGCCUUUUGAUGGCAAUCCUUCACAGUGGAAGGAGUUCAGUGACCUCUUCACUUUACUGGCAGCCACCACCAGGAAGCAAUGCGUCAGGCUCAUCAGCAGGUUGAGGGGUCAACUAGCUAAGAAAGCUCAGCCACCCAGUACACCACCGAGUCCUCAACACCACGAUCAGCUGAAGAGACUGGACAUCAAGCCUUUUGAUGGCAAUCCUUCACAGUGGAAGGAGUUCAGUGACCUCUUCACUUUACUGGUGGGCAGCAAAUCUACAAUUCCCCCAGUGGAGAAAUUGGUGAGGCUGAAGAGUAGCCUCAGAGGACCAGCAGCAGCUCUGAUCUCUACGAUACCCAUCAGCGAUCAGAAUGAUGAGAACGCAUGGAGAAAGCUCCAAAAGAAGUACGAUGAUCCCAGACUUUUGGCACACAGUGGUCGAGUCGCUGGACCAGCUCAGAACAGUGGCCGCCUUUCAGAAGCGAACCUAACAGAACAGCUGUUUGCUCACCUCCUGAGGAAGUCCUUGGACGCAGAGACCCUCAGACAAUGGGAAUUGAAAUUGGGAGACGCCAAGGAUUUCCCCAGUCUCAAAGAGUUCGUCGUAGUCGUGGAGUCCUGUGCCAGGGGUAUCAACGCAGGGUCAAAACUCCACUCCAGACAGCAGAUCACCGCUCCCAGCAAACCACCUAUCAAGAAGAAAGGAGCUUACGCAGCAAUUCAACAAGAGGAGGACAGCGCUCAGCAGAACAGUCACCAAAGGAAAGAGUGUUCCAUGUGCAAAGGGAACCACUUUGUUGACAAGUGUCAGCAAUUCAAGGAGCUGGACCCAGUAAAGAGAAACGGCCUGGCCAUCGACAAGAAACUAUGCUUCAGGUGCCUGGGCACGCACAAAAAAGACAGGUGCAGCUCAGACGAACAAUGCCACAAGUGCAAAGGAUCUCACCACACUCUGAUCCACGGAGGCAGCAGGUACAUAGGAUGGGCUCCUCCACGUCGUGACUCGGAAGCUGCAGGGUUCUCUGGAACUGCCAACAGACCUGCAGAAGAAAGGAUCGACGAGGAUCAGACUAAGCCCAGUACAUCAACAGCAGCAGUUAAUCUCAACAAUCAGAUGACCAAUGGGAACCAGCAGUCAAAUCAACCUUCAGAAAAUCAACAAUCGGUGCUGUUGGCGACAGCCCGAGUUACAGUGAAAUCACCACGAGGAUUCUCCAGCAGAGCCAGAGUCCUCAUCGAUCAGGGAUCAGAGGUGUCAUUCAUCUCAGAAAAACUAGUAAAUCAACUGCACUUGUCCAGGAAAUCAACAACGUUGGAAUUAAUCGGAAUUGGAGGAGUUAAUUCCGGCAGCACGAGAAGAUUGGUAUCAGUUACACUUCAGACAAUCAACGGAAACCAACAGGUUCAGAUCAGCGCACACAUAUUGGAGAAACUCACCGCAAUUCUACCAUCGUUCUCAUGUGCCUCAGCGAACAUCGGUUCAUUAGAAAAUCUCCAGCUAGCAGAUCAGCAGUAUCUCAAGCCCGGACCAAUCGAUAUCAUCAUAGGGGCUGACAACUACGGGCGAAUCAUCAGAGAUGAAGUUGUCAAGUCCAAGCAGUCAAAAGUCGUCGGCCAACGCACAGUCUUUGGUUGGAUUCUAUCAGGUCCAAUCAACUGCACCGGUUGUUCAGCGAGGAUCUCCCUAUCAGCUGUAAGGACCUCCUCAAACGAACAACUUCUAGAACUUCUCCAGAAAUUUUGGGUCCAGGAAGAGUUACCAGUUCAGCAGUCAGAAAAUUCAGAGUUAUCACCAGACGAGCUGGAGUGUGAGAAACACUUCAGGUCUACACACAGCAGAGAUUCAACGGGACGGUACAUAGUGAGGCUCCCGUUGAAAACCUCCACAGCAGCUCUCGGGGAGUCGAAAUUCAAGGCUUCGCGUCAGCUCAGAUCUACAGUCAGCAAACUCACCAAUAAUCAGGCAUAUGCUCAGCUGUACAAGGAGUUCAUCAACGAGUACGAAACUUUGGGUCAUAUGCAAAGAGCACCAGAGACAGCAGAACCCGUUCCAGUUUAUUAUCUUACACACCACGGGGUUCUGAGAGCAGAUGCAAUCACCACAAGGUUGAUAGUCGUCUUCAACGGCUCCAGCCCCACUUCAUCAGGAACGUCACUCAACGACAUUCUACAUCCAGGUGGAAAACUUCAGACCAACGCCAUGGACGUUCUAACAUGGAUGAGAAAGCACAGGCUCGUGUUUGGCACUGACAUAGUCAAGAUGUUCAGGCAAAUACGAGUUCAUCAGGACGAUUGGGACCUGCAGAGAAUUUUGUGGGUUGACGACAACAAACAGCAAAUCUUCUACCAGCUCACCACCGUUACCUACGGGCUCAAUUGCUCCCCAUGGCUGUCUCUGAAAGUUCUCCAGCAGUUAGCAGAGAACGAGGGUCCACGAUUUCCAGCACCCGUCGAGACAAUCACCAGAGGUCGUUACAUAGACGAUAUCUACGGCGGAGCAGACUCACCAGCAGAACUCAAGGAGAUAUUAUGGCAGUUACAAGGACUUUGCCAGGCAGGAGGCUUCCCUCUCCAGAAAUGGAGCAGUAAUUGCCCUCAGCUCUUGCAUGAGCUCGGCCUAUCAACAGAGGAAGAAGUCAUUCAGUUUGAAGAGUCCGUCACCAAGGUACUGGGUCUGUGUUGGCAUCAGUCGUCCGACAUAUUCCAGUACAAAUCCAGAGACUUCAAAACAGAGACGAUCACCAAGAGAAUUGUCUCUUCAGAGAUAGCCCAGAUCUUCGAUCCUUUGGGAUUUAUCGCUCCAGUCGUCGUCCAGGGGAAAAUUCUCCUUCAGGAUCUCUGGAAACUCAAAUGCAAUGCCUCAACAGUAGCUAUGAGUGCUGUGGUCUACAUUCGCACUCAGAAUCUCAACGAGUCAGCCUCCACAGUUUUGGUCUGCGCUAAGACCAAGGUAGCACCGAUCAAGCGCAUGACUAUUCCACGUCUGGAACUUACUGCAGCUCUCCUGUUAACUCAACUCGUAACAUCAACGCAGCAGAUGCUCCAGCUACACCAGGACCCUGAAGACUGGCCACGAUCAACUAUCGAUGCUCCACCAAUGGACUUCCCAGAAGUGGCCAAAGAAGCGAAACCAGCAAAAUCUCACCCAGUCGUACAGAGAAUCAACGAGAUUGCCGAGCUCCUCAACAGAUACAGCACGAUGGCAAAGCUGUUAGCAGUAACAGCGACCAUCAACAGGGCCAUCGACAGAUUCAGGAGGCAGCCAAUGCCCCCGGGAUCUAUCUUGACGACCAGAGAACUCAACGAUGCGAGAUUAUUUUGGGUAAAAAUAACAACACCAGUACUUUGUUUCAGAACUCAGGGUACUUCUCAGAAAUCAGCAGCUACCUAG